AGCGUCUCUGUCUGUAAACAAAGGGCGAGGCAGCCCGCUGUGACGCUUCGGGCCCCUUUCGCUUUGCCUUCUCGCCUCCUCCUCCUCCUCCUCCUCGGAGUCCGUAGGCUUUGCAGUCGCAGUGGGCAGAGAAAAGGCGAACCUUUGCACAGCCACCUUCUCCCCAAAGUAUCAUUGUAGGCACAAUCAUGGAAAUGGAAUGUGUAUAUGCAUAUAAAUGUUAAUUAUUUUCUACCAUUGGAAGAACAGAAGUAAAUGGAGUGUGAAAAACCAUCUGUGGUAAGCACAAGACUCUAAAUCUGUACCACCACCUCCAGCAUAUUCUGGUCCUGGCUAUCCACCUGCCCAAGCCCAGUAUGGAUUUGCUCAAUACGUACCUGGACCUGCUAUUCCAGGUCAGCCAGUGUCUAAUGAAAGUGUCACAGUCCAAGGUCAGUUGAUUACACCUACGCCAAUAAUUUGGAUGCCAGCACCACCUCCAAUUCCUAAAUGCCCACCAGGAUUGGACUAUUUGGGCCAGGUUGAUAAGAUAUCAAUUCAGCAGCAGAUUGAGCUGAUGGAAAUGAUAAGUGGCUAUGAAACUAGUAACAGAUAUGAAAUCAAAAACUCUAUGGGACAGUGGCUUUACUUUGCAGCUGAGGAAAAUGAUGACUUCACUUUGAAUAUGUAUGGAGCAUUGCGAUCAUUCACUAUAAAACUCUUUGACAGCAGAAACCAACCAGUCAUGCAGUUGUCGAGAGCAUUUCACUGUUCCAUUUGCUGCUGCCCAUGUGUUUGCUGCUUACAAGAGCUGGAAGUUCAGGCCCCACCAGGCACAGUCAUUGGAUACGUUAAGCAGAAGUGGCACCCCUGUCUGCCUAAAUUUGCCAUCCAAAAUGAAGCCAGAGAAAAUGUGCUUAAAAUGACUGGUCCUUGUGUUCCAUGCCGCUGUUAUGCAGAUAUUCAUUUUGAGGUGAAGGCACUGGAUGAAAUAGCCACAGUUGGAACCAUUUCAAGACAGUGGGGAGGAUGGGCAAGAGAAGCUGCUUCAGAUGCUAGCAACUUUCAAGUCCAAUUUCCAAUGGAUCUUGAUAUUAAAAUGAAAGCAAUCAUCCUUGGGUCUUGCUUUCUCCUGGACUUCAUGUUUUUUGAAAGGAGUGGAAACAGGAACAGACAAAGGAGGACAACUGGGAUGCACGGUGCUCACAGACAUCAUGGUGUUCAUGCACAGCAUAGACAUCGCAGGCGUUAAUUCUGACCAAGUUUGUUUUAUGAGUACUUCAAUGUGUUCAUAUUAUUCUGUGGCAUUAUAUAAGUACCAUUUCUUUAAAAGGGCUUAUUGUUAAGCUGUAUAAAUAUGGCUGCAGUUCUUAAUGCCACUUCUAUCAUAAAGUUUCUCAUAAUUCAUCACAAAUAACUCAACAGUGCAAAUUAUAAACGUAUCGGCACAGUUUAUUCAUAAAGUAUAUGAAUUAUAUUAAUAUUAACUGACUGCAAAAGAGAGGGGGGCAAAAUCUGAUGCUUUGUUUACCACUAUUGUUUUCAUCUGUGUUAAAAAGAUUUGAAGGAGAGUUGUUACAUGCUUUCAAGUUGAUGAUGAUUUGUAGCAAUCUGAAAGCAUUUUUAAUUUUUUUUCUAUAAGACUUGUUCAGAAGAAGGUUCCCACUGAUUUCUUCUGAGGAUGCAAGAAUGUGAUUUGCAUAAAGAUACUAGAUGAACAUCCAUGGUCAAGCAGGGAUUCAGACUCUUAUCUUCUAGUGUGUGAUUCAUUCACUCAAGCUACCACACCAAAGUAGCUCUUGGUACUUUUUCGUGUCAGGAGUGACUUGAGAAACUGCAAGUUGCUUCUGGUGUGAGAGAAUUGGCUGUCUGCAAGGACUUUGCCUAGGGCUUGCCUGGAUGUUUGAUGUUUUACCAUCCUUGUGGGAGGCUUCUCUCUGUCCUUGCAUUGAGAGCUGGAGCUGAUAGAGGGAGCUCAACCUGGUCUCCCUAAAUUCAAACCACUGACCUAUCGUUCAGCAGUUCUGCUGGCACAAGGGUUUAACUGGGGGCUCCUAACUAUCUAAGAUGAAUUUAGACUGUGGGAAACUGAAACAUGGUCAUUAAUCAACUAUCUAAGAUGAAUGACCAUGUUUCAAUUUCCCACAGCCUAAAUUGUUAGUGCCAUCUAAACAGACCCAAUUAAUCGAUGAAUAACCAAAUAAACCAAUGGGUUUACUCUUGGUGGAAAUGGCUUUAAGAUUUAUUAUCCUAUAUAACUAUUUUUGCCACUUCUAUCAUGAUUCUGUUUUAACUAACUUGUUUUAACUAUUACAUUCAAUGGUAGUUUUGUUGAAUAUUUCUUCUGUCAUACUAAAAUGACUGACACAUAAAGCAAAUGGCAAGGAUACUGCUUAGGCUUUGAGCAAUUAAUUUAAAGAAAUAAAUAACACAUUCCAGUGAAACAGAUUUGCAACAUGCAAGGUAUGUCUCUAAUUGUAGUACAUUUUCAUAUUUGGAUUGUCUUUCUAGAUUUGAGUGUGUAAAACAGCUGCUGGCAUAGAGAAAAGGAAUAAACAGCAGUUCUGUAUUCAAGACUGUAAGGAAAGGGUUGAACCAUGAUAGUUUGCAGUGUCACAGGUAGGGAAAACUGGAGUGUGUACAACUCAUUAUUAAAUACUAGGCUUUUCAUACUACUUCAGUUGCUUGAAAAUGAUACAAAUAAGACUGAAAAGUCUCUUGGAAUUUCUCCCCAAAAUCUCUGCAACACUAUUCAUGCUCUAGUAAUGAUUAACACCCAAUAAACAUAUUAGAGCUUAAGGACUGGCUCUUUCAAUAGGAAAAAUUACUUGCUUUAAACAGCAAGUGAUGAUUUAAAUAGCAAACCAACAUUUUCAGGAGGAAUAUAAGAGGUUUCUCAAGAGUACUUUUAAAAGUGUCCUAAUUUUUUAAGUUUAAAGAAUAUGCCUGUGAGUGUUUUUCCAUAUGGGUUGCAUUUCUGGUUCAACAUCACAUCAGUAUGCUGUUACGUCCAUAGAUGUUAUCAACUAUGGCAGUCAACUUACCUUAUUGGUUUAUUUACUUCAGAAGUUAAACCUAUUGGUAGCAAGUCAGGCAUCUGAGGGGUUUCACAGGUUGUUGGUGAUAACUGAGAUAUUCAACAUGAUUUUUCUAUUCCAAUGAUUUAGUAUUAGUAAACAUUCCUCCUCUGAUGGUGAUGAUUCCACCCUUAAUUGCUGUUUAAUGUCAUUUAAUAUGUAUCUUCAUAAUUAAUGUUUAUAAUUAAAAUAUGUAUAUUUUUAUCAUA